ACCAAGUAGGAAUAUGGGUGUGGAAGAAAUGGUUGCCAUGUUUUUACAUAUUAUAGCACAUGACGUCAAAAUUAGAGUAAUAAAGAGACAAUUUGUGAGAUCUGAAGAAACAAUUAGUAGGAGGUUUAAUGAUGUAUUGCUUGCUAUUUUGAGAUGUCAUAAUCUCUUACUGAAGAAACCUCAACCAUUUAGCCAGGAUAGAAUGGAUGAACGAUGGAAAUGGUUUAAGGAUUGCCUAGGAGCCUUAGAUGGUACUCAUAUCAAAGUCAAUGUCCUUGAGGCUGACAAGCCUAGAUAUCGAAACAGAAAAGGUGACAUAACAACCAAUGUGCUUGGAGUGGUUGCUCCCGAUAUGCAAUUUAUCUACGUACUGGCGGGUUGGGAGGGUUCAGCUGCGGAUUCUAGGGUAUUGCGAGAUGCACUAUUUCGCAAUGGGUUUAGUGUUCCCCAAGGUCAUUAUUACUUAUGUGAUGCUGGAUAUAUGAAUUGUGAAGGAUUUUUGGCACCUUAUAGAGGACAAAAAUAUCAUUUGAGUGAGUUUAAUCCACAUAAUCAACCUAGUACAGCUCAAGAGUUUUUUAAUAUGAAACACUCACAAGCUAGGAAUGUCAUUGAAAGGGCAUUUGGAGUAUUGAAAGCAAGAUGGGGAAGAUCAUUUUAUCCUAUUAAGACUCAAGGAAGAAUUAUAACUGCUUGUUGCCUUUUGCAUAAUCAUAUUAGAAGAGUGAUGGUUGUGGAUCCUAUUGAUGAGAUAGAAGAUCAAAAUAUACUUGGAGUAGAUGGUGAGACGAUCCACCAUAUUGAAACGAGUGAUGUUUGGGGUAGAUGGAGAGAUCAACUUGCACAAGAAAUGUGGAACCAAUGGAGGAGAAGACAUCACGCUCGAUAA